AUGUAUCCGAACUGGACCGGCGACGAUUCCUACUGGGGAGGUCAGUCGGCCCCUCAGGGUCUUGCCGGACCAAUGCCUCAAGCCCAAGCGCUCAAACAACCCUACGAUCCACUUCUCUACAAUCAAAGCUAUAUGAAUAACAUGAAGAAUAUGCUUGCUGCUCAAUGGGUGGAAAAUUCAAAUCCAUUCUCUGGCUACAAUGCCCUCCAGGCAAGCUCGGCUUCGUUCCCAGACCGAUCGGUGCAUCUCGCGCAACCUGUAUUUCCCUGGAUGAAAAUGAGUGGUUCAAAAUCUGGCGAAUCUAAACGCACACGACAAACUUAUUCCCGAAAUCAGACACUAGAGCUGGAAAAGGAGUUUCACUACAACAAAUAUUUAACUAGAAAACGACGACAGGAGAUAUCAGAAAGCUUGCAGUUGACUGAAAGACAGGUAAAAAUAUGGUUCCAAAACAGGCGAAUGAAACACAAGAAGGAGAGCAAAGGUGAAGGAACGGGUGAACACGAAAGCGAUGAGUCCACUCAAGACGAUCAGCAAAACUCCUGA